AUACCAUCAAAUCCCAGGCCUAAACCAACGAUGUCGCUAUCGUUAACCAGAAAAACGUUUACAAUAUUUACCUCGGCCAGUACUGUUAAAUUCAUCAAAACUAAUUGAUCUUAGGCUAUGGAAGGCUAUCUAUUUUAACUGGAGAAAAAAUAUAUGUACUGAAGUCUCCUUCAAAUUUAGAGGUACCCUUGAAGAUGAACCAGUCUGAAAUCUACCCUUGUAUUAUAGUUGUUCUGCUUCUGUACAUAACGGCGAUUGCAGCAGCAGGUUCUUAUGAAAGAACCAUAGCAGGAAGUAUUGCCUUUUCUACUGCUGGGCGUGCACAAUAUGCAUUUGACAUCUAUGCCCUUAACAUUACUUCUUCAAGUCCCAAAGAGGACCUUCUUACAGAUGGGAUUUCAGUGAAUUAUAAUGGCAACUUCCUUGGACACUCUGCAAUUGAGGCACUAAUGAACAAAGUGGGUAUGCCAGAGAAUCAAGCUGAUCAAGUUUUGGCCUAUAUUACGGAAAGGUAUGGACUGGCCCAAAUCUUUUUCAAUUUCUACUCUAAAAAUCUGUCCUUAUAUUCUUCCAAAUCAAUGGAGUCUAUUUUUGGGUUUAGUAAUUUUAACAGAAGAGAGGCAUUAGAUACAACGAUAUCGCAGGAAUGGGUGCCACUGAAUUUUGUAAAGGAUGGCGUAAAUUUGGAUGAUAGUGUAUCUAUGAAAGAUAGACCUAUCAUUGUGGAUACUAGAAUUAUCUAUGUUUCCACGCACCAGCCCUCUGGAGUGCCAAGGCAGAGUUGGGCUGCAGUUUAUUCAACUGACCUCAAUACAGGGGAAACCAUAAGGCUGACUCCUGAUGGGUUAGUUGACUUGAGCCCCAGUUUGUCCCCUUCAGGAGAAUGGAUAAUGGUGGCUUCAUUUGGACAUAUUGGGUGGCAUGGUCAAACUGAGGAUCUGCAAACAGACCUUUAUCUUUUCAACGUUACUGAUGGCUCAAAUCGCCAAUUGGCAAUAAGGAAUGGUGGGUGGCCUUCUUGGGCUGAUGACCAUACUAUCUUUUUCCACAGAAAAUCUGAUGAUGGCUGGUGGAGCAUUUAUAGGGCUUCAUUUUCUGCUCCCCUGAAUAAGUUGUCUCAAGGUCAUGUAACUGUAGACAGAAUAACACCAACCGGUCUUCAUGCCUUUACGCCUGCUUGUUCCCUUUCUGAGGAAUGGGUUGCAGUAGCCACACAUAAGCCGGGAACUGAGUACAGGCAUAUUGAAAUUUACAACCUUACCUCCAAUUCACUUGUUGAAAUUACACGUGGUAUCUCACCACAAUCUUAUCAUUUUAAUCCAUUUGUUUCUUACGAUUCUCAUAGGAUUGGAUAUCAUAAAUGUAGAGGGAAUGCUUCAGUGUCUAGUGAAGAUGUGGAUUCUUUGAGAGUUCCCGUGAUUGAGUAUGUAAAGUCUCCUUUGCUUGAGAUUUCCCUCUUUAGAAUAGAUGGGGAAUUUCCUUCGUUUUCCCCAGAUGGAUCAAUGGUUGCCUAUAUAUCCAUGGAGGGUGAUGCUAUCUAUGUGACGAGGCUAGAUGGAUCUAAGACGCACAAGGUGUUCUCGGGUUUGGUAUUUGGAUUGGCAUGGGAUUGGAAGAAAAAUGGUAUCAUCUACACAAGCCAUGGCCCUGAUUUUGCCUCCUUAAGCACCAAAGUUGAUAUCAUUGCCCUCAAUGUAAGUUACAUGAUUUCUAGAGGGAAAAAUGAUCCUAAUCCUCCAUACAGGAAACUGACAAGUCAAGGAAAUAAUGCUUUCCCGUCUCCUUCACCAGAUGGAAAUUUUUUGGUUUUUAGGUCAGGUCGCUCUGGAUACAAGAACCUUUACAUCAUGGAUCAGGAGCAAGGUGAAAGAGGACACAUUUGGAGGUUAACGAAUGGGCCCUGGACUGACACCAUGUGUAACUGGUCGCCUGAUGGAAAUUGGAUUGCUUUCUCUUCUGAUAGAGAUAAUCCUGGAAGUGGUAGCUUUGCUCUUUACUUAAUCCAUCCAAAUGGGACUGGUCUGCAAAAAGUUCUUAACAGUAGUACAUUUGGAAGGGUAAACCAUCCCUGGUUCAGUCCAGAUUCAAAAAGCUUAAUUUUUACUUCGGACUAUGCAGGGGUUUCGGCAGAGCCCAUUUCAGUGCCCUACCAAUUUGGACCAUAUGGGGAAAUAUUUAUGUCCAAUAUUGAUGGCUCUGAUGUUCAGAGACUUACCCACAAUGCUUAUGAAGAUGGAACUCCAUCUUGGGGGAAAACGUUUGUCUCUCCCUCAGAUUUGAUUGGGAAAGAUGAGAAACUGAGAUGUGGUUUUGAGGAUGAUAGAUGGCUUAAUGGCAAUGUAAGUCAUUUCAGCAAAUUUGGAUGCCGAGCAAUGUGAAGUUUAGAUCAGAUGCAGGAUGAGUGAGAAUCUUGAAGUUUCUCAAAUUAGCCUUGAGACAGUGAUAAAGAAAUGUGGAUAUGCAGAAUUGAAACAUGUGACUACUAAAUUACUUGCCAUGACCCAUGUACAUUCUCGUUAUAAACUUAUACAUGUUGCUGAUGUGGAGGGCGAGGGCUCUUUAUUUGUCAUUUGCUCAUAUAGCUUUACCCUCUUUUCAGAUACCACAUGCAGAUGUAGAUAUUCGUUUAUUCCUCUAGCUAGAAUUUUUAUUUUAUUGAGUAAAUACUUCAGCCAUUGUGAACAAAAGAUGUCCACUGUUGUCUCACGCCACCAUGACUAUCUGAUUCAUAUUGUAAAUGCAUGACUUAAUACUUAUUUCUAGCUUAAUUUCAUUAUUUUGAAGGUCGAUAAAA